CUUAAACUCUCUCUCGCUGCUUCCUCUUCCUCCAGUGAGUGAACUCAGUUCUCCUGGGACUGAUUCUAAUGGCUUCAUAGUCUAGUGAUGGCGUAGUAUAAUGCUUCUACUUGGUUCCUGGGUGCACCUGAAACAUUUUUUUAGAAAAACUACUUCAUCAGGAGAUGGGAACUGUGAGAUUUUACAUACUGCUGCUCCUGUUGUUGUUUGGAUCCAUCCACAGAGGGAUAUCUCAGUUUCCUGAGUGGAAUGGAGAGCUGGAAGGUAGUGGUGAGAUAGAAUCGAUUUCCCAGCCGAAUUUCAUAGAUGACACAUACUGGUCUGGGUCAGCCCCGCUUUGUUUAGGAGGUUGUAAAGCGCGGCACCGGGAGCUGAGGAGAGAUCGCUGUGGAGACUCUAGCUGCUGCUGGCUCGGCUACAAAUCCUUGUGCAGAGUGAACUGUGGAAGGCCAGAUGUGGACUACAAUGGAGCAGUGUAUGGUAAUGACUGGUGGGUGGGAUCUGUGGUGAGGUACACCUGCCGCUCAGGAUUCAGGCUUAUUGGAAACUCUACCAGAUCAUGUCAGCCUAAUGGCCUCUGGACUCCAAAACCUAUCUGCCUACGAAUGUGUAAGCAGGGGCAGAUUGAAAUCAGCGAGCAUGAACUGAGUGGGACAUGCAACUCCACCUGCGUGGGUAAGAGCUACUUCGGCCCACCCAAACGAGGCUGCUCUCAGAUAGACAACUGCAGGAAGAAGGAGACCGGCUGGAAACGGUUCUUUGCACAAUGUGUCCCUUGCAUUUGUGACUGCGCUUUCUCGUGUGGUGAGUUGCUUCCACCUCCACAUUGUCAGGACAAAUGCAAAGCAGAAUGAGCAUGCUGCGGUGCUGUCUGUGUACAAAUACAUUUGAAUAUUGCUCUACACAUGAAUUUGCCAUCCUUCUUUCAGGAAUGAUAUCUGCUUUGUUUUUUUUUUGUUUUGUUUUUUUCAAGUGUCUGCAGGCUAAAACACAGAGAUGCUUACAGUGUAACAAGGCUGCAGACAAAGAGGAGACACAGACCGGCUGUAGACCAAAGAGUCACGCUGCAUUUCUGCUGCUUCAUCCAAUUUUAAGAACAAAUCUGGGUGUUUAAGGACAAUAAUUUAAUCUCUCCGGCACACACUCCAAGCCUGCCUGCCUGCUUUCUGUAUGUAAAGGGUUACAUGGCAAGAACAAAUCCUGCUGGCACGCCAGUGUUAAGUCACUCUUUAGGAUGCAAAGCGGCGAGAGGGUCAGAAAACAAAAGGGAGGACAAAUUUAGUGAAAGGCGCCUGAGAGGUUUAGAUUAGAUUCAAGUUCAGCAAUUAUUUGAAAUAGAAAGCGACUUUGGCUGAUUUUAAACCCCAUUUUUGGGCUUUUCAACAUCAUUUCCUGUCCAUAUAUAUAUAUAUAUAUAUAUAUAUAUCAUACUAUAUUUAGCUUGGAUGUCUGCAAACACAUGCACAUGUUUACUUUCCUCAGAUAAGGAUGGGAAUCAGAGAAACAAGGAAAGAGGGAAGUGAAGCCAAGGAGAUUGGCAUCUUGCGUCUCCUCUCAGCCCAUCUGUCGUGGAAGGAGCUGAGACCUUAAUCUUGUUAUAAGAUGUUUGUUCAGGGGUCAGAGUUAACAGAGAGAGUGGUGUAGAACUGUUAACAGCAUUUAUACUUUAGGUGUCAUGCUGUGUGUACUUUUAUUUUCAAGUUAUUUAUUGAGAAAUGUAUAUCACAAGCCAAUUGUAUGAAUGUGAAAUGAAAUAAAAACUACUCAUGUCUUUGAAAUCAAAGGUUUAACAUUUAAAGCGAUGAAUUCUGAGCCAUGCAGACCUGAAGCAGAGCUUUACAGAUGGCACUAAUAUUAUUCUGAUUGGAUUAUAUUAUCAGUCAUCCCCCGUGUCCAUCAUCCCAUCGCUCCUCACAAAACAACUACUGAGCAUUAGGCUUCCAGGCAGGCCUGUGACACUUGAUAUAGUUCCAAAUUAAAAAAUGGUAAGAAGUAGUGUGGAGAAAGCAAGUCACUAAUCAAAGAUUUUCAAAAGAUAUAUGACAAAAUAUUUAAUACGUUUUGACCUCUGCUCCCAUUUAAUGGCUUAUAUGUUUUAUAUAUU